UUCAUUGGAACUUUCUACGUUUGGAACAAACGGACGUUUCCUGCUUCCCUCAUCCGCCACACACUCGCCAGCUCACACUAAACACACAUUGUUUUGGAGGUUUGGGGGAUCUCUGCCCCUAACCAGCCCGGAACAUGUCAGCCGUGACGACACUUUAACCGCAUCAGACUGAAAUACAUCAACUGGAACUGCGAACACAGAUGAACACAUGAAAACACUGCAAGCAGUGAACCAGCAUGGAGAUUGACCAUCUGUAUACUUAACCCCUUAAUCUGGAGGACUCAUCAUUUAAUGACUUUGCACCUUUGAGAAGUGACACACCAUAAGAUGGAGGAACAACCUAGCCUUCCAAAUGUCAGCAUACCCUGCCACAAUGAGCAAAGGGACAAGAAGAAGCGUUACACAGUUUACAAAGUUAUGGUCUCUGUUGGACAAAGUGAAUGGUUUGUCUUCAGGCGGUAUGCCGAGUUUGACAAGCUCUACAACACACUAAGGAAACAAUUCCCAUCUAUGAACUUAAAAAUUCCAGCAAAGAGGAUAUUUGGGGACAAUUUUGACCCGGAGUUCAUCAAGCAAAGAAGAGCAGGGUUGCAUGAAUUCAUUAAGCGGAUUGUCUCACAUCCUGAGCUAUGCAACCAUCCAGAUGUGAGGGCCUUUCUACUGAUGGACAAAAUGCAGUGCUUUUCAGAUGCCUCUGAGGACGAAGAAGACAAAAACAGCUCUACCUCCAGAAACAUUAACCUGGGACCCUCUGGAAAUCCACAUGCCAAGCCUACAGACUUUGACUUCUUGAAAGUUAUAGGAAAAGGCAGUUUUGGGAAGGUUUUCCUUGCAAAACGAAAACAUGAUGAAAAGUAUUAUGCUGUCAAAGUCUUGCAAAAAAAGGUCAUCCUCAACAGAAAAGAGCAAAAACACAUCAUGGCAGAGCGCAAUGUGCUGCUGAAGAAUGUGAAACACCCCUUCCUGGUUGGGCUUCAUUAUUCCUUCCAGACCACAGACAAGUUGUACUUCAUCUUGGAUUUCAUCAACGGUGGAGAACUUUUCUUUCAUCUACAAAAAGAACGGACUUUUCCAGAGCCCAGAGCUAAGUUUUACAUCGCUGAAAUGGCGAGUGCACUUGGAUAUCUGCAUUCUCUCAACAUUGUUUACAGAGACUUGAAGCCAGAGAACAUUCUUCUUGACCAUGAGGGACAUAUCGUCCUGACGGACUUUGGAUUGUGCAAGGAAGGCAUUUCCCAGACAGAUACCACCUCUACAUUUUGUGGAACCCCUGAGUACUUGGCUCCAGAGGUCCUCAGGAAGCAGCCGUAUGAUAAUACAGUGGACUGGUGGUGUCUGGGAUCAGUGCUGUAUGAAAUGCUCUUCGGCUUGCCACCAUUCUAUAGUAGGGACACACAUGAGAUGUAUGAUAACAUCCUCCACAAACCGCUGGCGAUGCGUCCUGGUGCAUCUAGUGCAGCCUGGUCUCUCCUCCAAGGCCUGCUGGAGAAGGACGGCACACACAGACUAGGCUCUAGAGAUGACUUUAAUGAGAUCAGAUCACACGCCUUUUUUUCUUCUAUCAACUGGGAUGACCUUGAAAACAAGAGGGUCCCUCCCCCAUUCAAACCCAAACUGAGCUCUUUCUCUGAUAUUUCGAACUUUGAUCCAGAGUUCACAGAAGAAAUGGUUCCCAACUCCAUCUGCUGGGCUCAAGAACAUUCCAUUAUCAAUGCUAGUGUCAUGGAGGCUGACGAUGCCUUUGUGGGCUUCUCUUACGCCCCUCCUUCUGAUGAUUCCUUCCUAUAAAACAUUCCCAGUUUAAGUUGUCUUAAGUUGUCUUAACUAUUGUAACUUUUUUGUUUUGACUAAAGGGAAACAUUUGUUAAUGAUUAACUUGUUCUAUGAAGCCAAAGCAAGCAGCGGAGUAGAAACUGCACUUAAAACAGAAUUUAAUCAAAAGAAAGUCUUUCUAUUUUACCUAUCCGUAUUUAUAUAAAGAUAUAUAUAUAUAGAACAUAUGUUAUUUUUAGAAUUAAGGACGGCUGCAUUCUAUUUAUGUUUCUUGUCCUUUCUAAAAUGAUCCUUUAAAAAGCCUUAAAUUCAUCCCUGAAAGAUAUUCAAUGAGCAUUCAUCUGAGAAACUUGAACAGUUCACUGGAAGCAAGAGAGCACCAUUUGAUUGUCAGAUGGAAUUGUGUUUGUCCAUGUAAUUACUGUAAAAUUAAACUUGUACCAUUUAUGUUAACUGAGCUGGAUGUAAAGAUACUUGAUAGAUCACUGAAUAAAACAUUUUGGUUUAUAGGUCACCUUAAAAAGAAAAAAAAGAUUGACUGUCUUCUACUUCUUAAGCUACUUUUCUGUUUGUCUGGACAAAUAUCAAUUGAAUUGUCUCUGUUUUUAGUAGAUUGUAUGUUAUUUGCUAUUAUGUGCCUUAACACUUCUGUUCAUAUUAAAACAAAAUUUGACAUCUGUGAUACUUGUCAUCAGUUGGCAGACAACAAGGCAUCCAUCUAUCUAUCUAUCUAUCUAUCUAUCUAUCUAUCUAUCUAUCUAUCUAUCUAUCUAUCUAUCUAUCUAUCUAUCUAUCU